UGGUUGUGGUGACUUUACGGUGAGCCAGGGACGAGUCUGUGUGUGUGUGUGUGUGGUGUGGAUUACUAUUGAGGGCAUGUCAGGAUUUUGUUUGAAUUGCUGAGUGACUAGAAGUGAACGUGAUGUCUAAGCUUAGGUUUUGGCUGUGCCUCUUUAUUCUGGUGUGCUUGAGGAUACGCCACACGCAUGGUUGGUUCUGGUUCGAUGACUCGAAAGAAAAUGCAAAGGGCACACAGACAUCGGCUUACCUGACAACCGUAAGGCCCACAUCACCACCGAGGACAGAACCGCCCAGAACAACAGGUACAAGUGCUUCCGUAACUGAGGUCCUGAAAGAGGUCAGUUCUGAUGGAGGUCAUUUUGAGAGGAAAUCAGAGUUCAGGUCAGGGUUGGGGGCUAAGUCAGAAUCUAUAAGUGGGUCAUGGUCUGAAUUUGCUUCCGGAUCCGGAUCCGGAUCUGGAUCUGGACAUGAAAGACAGGAUGGCUAUGUUACGUCAACCAAAUUUUUGGGUAUUGCUGGUGAAGAUGCUAGAUUGCAUGUGGGAAAUUUUAAACUGCAGAUGGAUGGACUUCAGCACAUCAGUGACCCAACAGAGAGUCGAUUUGAUGAAAGCAUCGAUGUUUCUCAUAAAAAUGUUAGCACUUAUAAUGAUCCAAAUGGGCGUAAUUCUACAGAGCAUGAUGAUUAUGGUAACACAACAUUGUAUUCCACUGAAUACUCUGUUUCAGAUAGUCUACUAACCAUUGAAAGUGAGUUUUUAGGAGCUAGCAUGCCAACGACCAUCAAAUCCCCACGCUGCUUGCCUGUCGAUUCUGAUUUGCCAUUUUGCACCAGAAUUGGAGUGGAGAGUUUCACAGUACCAAAUUUUCUAAAUCAAAGCAGCGUGAAGGAAGUUCGGGUGGUUUUGACCGAAUGGGCAUGGCUGUUGCGGUCAAACUGCCAUUAUAGCUUGGAAUGGUUUUUCUGCCUGCUCUUGACACCUCGGUGCGGCCCACCUGGACUGCUGCCCCCAUUGCCUUGUCGCAGUUUCUGCGAGGUCCUGCGUGACAGUUGCUGGAUGCUCCUGGAUGAGGGCCGCCUCCCCGUGGAGUGCCACUCUCUGCCUGAAGAGAAGCAUGAUGGGUAUCGGUGCUUGUCAGUUAGUAACCAGAAAGAAGAAAGUGGAGUGACACUGUUGCAGUUAAUUGGUGAUCCUCCACCUGAUGGUGUCUCCAAAGUAUUUGAUGAUGCCAACAACCCCGGCUAUGUGUUUGACCAAAGCUCCAAUGUGGGUCAGUCAGCUGCGGCCCACCUGCCCAACCCUUUCUUCCGUGACUUCUCCCUCAUCUUCAACAUAAAACCCACGACCUCCAAGCCUGGAGUCAUCUUCUCCAUCACUGACCCAACCCAGAACUUUAUGUAUGUUGGUGUGAAGCUGUCAGCGGUGGAGAAGAACAAGCAGUACAUCAUCUUCUACUACACCGAGCCUGACUCGCAGAGCUCAUAUGAGGCGGCCAGAUUCCCUGUGCCCUCCAUGGUGAACACUUGGACCCGGUUUUCCAUCAGUGUUUUGAAAGAGCGUGUUUCCCUCUACUUCAACUGUGACUCAGAUCCUCAGGUCAUGAAUUUUGAGCGGUCUCCAGAUGAUAUGGACCUGGAUGCGGGGGCAGGAGUGUUUGUUGGUCAUGCCAGUGGAGCUGACCCUGAUAGGUUUUUGGGUGUUAUUGGCGAUAUCAGGGUGUUGAAAGACCCUGGGGCAGCUGAACGACACUGUGAAGAAGAUGAGGAUGACUUUGAUGUGAAUCUACAGGGAUCAGGUGAUUACGGAGCAAGUGGAGAUGGAGAGGGACCACCAUCAGUCCAGCCGACCCCUCCCUCCUCUCGGCCGAUCCAGCAGCCGCCGGUGACCAGCAGACCGCUUGAUGAGAAGCAGCAGACAGGCUCAGUCGAUUCUUCUUGGCAAGCUUCUGGCUCCUACGGUGAUUCUCGACAAACAUCCGGCUCAUAUAGCAGUUCUCGAAAAACAUCUGGUUCAUAUGGGGAUUCCCGAAAAACAUCUGUCUCCUACGGUGAUUCUCGGCAAAUAUCUGGCUCAUACGGUGAUUCUGAACAAACUUCUGGUUCGUAUGGUUAUUCCCAAACAAACUCUGGAUCGUAUGGUGAUUCUCGACAAUCAUCGGGUUCAUACGAUGGUUCUCGACAAACUUCUGGCUCAUAUGGUGACUCUCGACAAACGCUCGACUCAGUCGGUGUCAGCAGGCAAACUUCAGGGUCAUAUGAUGAUUCUAGACGAGCUUCGAACUCUUUAAGUACAUCAGGCUCAGCUGGCGAUGGCGUACGGUAUUCUGUGGAGUCCAGGCUCGGUCCUGCAGGUUCAACAGGUGCAAAAGGAGACCGAGGAGAGAAGGGUGCUAAAGGUGACAGGGGUGUUAUGGGGCAGAAGGGCGAUGCAGGAACUGGAUCGGUGUCUGGCGGCGGUGCAGAAUUAGUGAAGGGUGACGCAGGAGAAAAAGGAAUGAAGGGCAAUCCUGGUUUUGGUUAUCCUGGAUUAAAGGGUGACCGUGGCCUUCCUGGGCCUCCAGGGCCUCCCGGUCCCCCAGGGCCCAGUGCAGAGGUAGAAGUGACGAGAGAUGGGUCAGUUGUGGAGAGGGUGGCAGGACCAAGAGGACCACCUGGACCGCCUGGACCCCCUGGCCCUGCUGGAGCCGAUGGGGAGCCGGGUGACCCUGGUGAAGAUGGGAAAGCUGGUCAAGUUGGACCUCCUGGGUUUCCUGGAACUCCUGGGAGUUCUGGACUCAAAGGAGAGAAAGGAGAUCGAGGUGAAAGUCAGCCAGGACCUCGUGGGCCUCCAGGGCUUCCGGGCCCACCGGGACCCCCAUCUCUCUCAGAUAGGCCUACAUUUGUGGACAUGGAGGGUUCUGGGUUUGAUCUGGACAGUGUGCGGGCAAUGCCUGGUUUGCCUGGCCUGCCUGGUCCUCCUGGUCCCCCUGGUCCCCCCGGUCCCGCUGGCACUGGGUCUUCAGGCUCUGGUGGUUUUGGGCCUCCAGGUCCUCCUGGGCAAAAUGGAGCUCCAGGUCAACCGGGACUUCCAGGUCCAUCAGGUGCUGAUGGAAAACCAGGCUUACCUGGCCCAAAGGGAGAAAAGGGCGAUGCGGGUGAGCUGGGCCUACCUGGACCUGUGGGAGAGAAGGGUACCAAAGGUUCUCCUGGUUCCCCUGGCCUUCCUGGAGAGGGUGGACUUGCUGGACUUCCAGGACCAAUGGGACCUGUGGGACCACCUGGUCCUCCUGGCCCAAGCUAUCAUGUUGGUUUUGAUGAUAUGGAGGGCUCUGGUGUUCACUUCAGUUCAGUCCCUGGAGUAAGAGGACCAAUGGGAGUCCAGGGACCUCCUGGUGACCCAGGACCACAAGGUAAGACUGGCUUACCAGGAUUGCCUGGUGAGAAAGGAAGUGAGGGACCUCAGGGAAAAGAUGGCCAGCCUGGUUUGGAUGGAUUCCCUGGACCACAGGGACCAAGGGGCGACAAGGGAGACCGAGGUGAUAGGGGUGAACCUGGUCGAGAUGGAAAUGGACUUCCAGGUCCACCCGGCCCCCCUGGACCACCUGGACAAAUUAAUUAUCAUUAUUCUGAAAAUUAUGAUGAAACUGGACGACCAGGGCCUCGGGGUGGGGCUGGUCUUCCUGGUCAAGCAGGAUUCCCAGGCCCAGUGGGACCAAAGGGUGACAGAGGAGAACCUGGAUCACCAGGCUAUGGCAUUAAGGGGGAGAAAGGAGAACCCGGCCUAAUUCUUGGACCUGAUGGAAACCCAUUUUACCCUGGUGGACUAAUAAGCCAAAAGGGUGAGAGAGGGCUUCCUGGACCAAUCGGACCUCCUGGCCCAGCUGGCCCUUCUGGUUUAAAAGGUGAAUUUGGAAUGCCAGGCAGACCCGGCCGUCCAGGUGUGAACGGUUACAAAGGAGAGAAGGGAGAAUCAGGGUCAGGCUCUGGAUAUGGCUACCCAGGUCCUCCUGGUCCCCCAGGACCCCCUGGUCCCCCUGGACCUGCUGUGCCCUUGGACAGAUUCGGUAGAUAUGAAGAUCAUUCGAGGAACUAUCCAGCUAUGAAAGGAGAGAAAGGAGACCAGGGAGCUCCUGGUGUUCCGGGAUCACCAGGUUUUUCCUCUAACUUUGAUAUAUAUGCCCUAAAGAAUGAGAUGAAGGGGGAGCGCGGUGAGAUCGGUCUUAAAGGAGAGAAAGGAGAGCCAGGAGGUGGAUUUUAUGACCCUCGUUUUGGAGCUGUACAAGGACCACCAGGAAACCCUGGACUUCCUGGGCCUAAAGGAGACUCAAUCAGAGGUCCCCCUGGGCCGCAGGGCCCACCAGGAACUCCUGGAGUUGGUUAUGAUGGUCGUCCAGGAGACCCAGGACCUCCUGGACCCCCUGGUCCUCCAGGGUCACCGUCAUUGCCUGGAGCCUACAGACCACAACUUAGUAUUCCCGGACCUCCAGGUCCCCCCGGCCCACCAGGAACUCCUGGCAGUGGAUCUGGGCAGGUGGCUUUCCUGAGGUCUUAUGACAUAAUGAUGGCUACGGCACGCAGACAGACUGAAGGUGCUUUGAUCUACGUUUUGGACAGAAACGAUCUCUACCUCAGAGUUCGGGACGGUAUCAGACAAGUGAUGCUUGGAGAUUAUAAACCCUUCUAUGGAGAGGUGGACAAUGAAGUGGCAGCGGUCCAGCCGCCCCCUGUUGUUCACUAUUCCCAAGACCACACAGCUAACAAUGGGGCAGAGCAGAUUUCUCCACCACACCCGCCGAUCGAGUUUCCAAGGAGGGAACCAGAGAAUAGAAACCCCAAUCCACCUGACUCCCGUUACCCAGAUCCACGAUACCCACCCUACACCGAUCCUGUACAACCACACAGAUACCCUGUACAUCCAGAGAGGAACCCCAGCACUCCAGCCCGGCACCCCAGCCACUCUGUCAAUCAACCAGAAGGCCACGUCCACACUUCCGGACCAGGGUUGCAUCUUAUUGCCCUGAAUGCUCCACAAGUGGGCAACAUGAGAGGCAUUCGUGGGGCAGACUUCCUGUGCUUCCAGCAGGCUCGCGCCGUGGGCCUGAAGGGAACGUUCAGAGCCUUCCUUUCUUCCAAACUGCAGGAUCUCUACAGUAUCGUGCGCAAAUCUGACAGAGAGACAUUACCGAUUGUCAACCUCAAGGAUCAAGUCCUUUUCAGAAGCUGGGAGUCUCUCUUCAGUGACUCAGAGAGCAGGAUGAAGGACAAUGCUCCUAUCUACUCGUUUGAUGGCAGAGAUGUCCUGCGGGACAGUGCCUGGCCAGAGAAGAUGAUCUGGCAUGGGUCCAGUGGCAGGGGUCACAGGCAGACGGAUAACUACUGUGAGACGUGGAGGGCCGGAGACCGUGCGGUGACAGGCUUGGCCUCAUCUCUGCAGGCUGGCCAGCUCCUCCAGCAGACCUCCAGCAGCUGCUCCAGUUCCUACAUCGUGCUGUGCAUCGAGAACAGCUACAUGACACAAUCCAAGAAAUAAAGCCGUCCUGAAGAGCCUUUGAACACUCGACACAACCAUUUAUACAGGCCCAGUUUCGCUCCAGUAGAUGCCUGUAUCUAACGAAUGGAGAAAAAAAAUGAAAAUGACAAAUUUGUUUUAAAAAGAACUGAGUCUGCCUAAAGGAGAAUUUGCCAGUCAUCUGUUCUCUCACCGUAACGCCAAAGAGGCAGGUUGAACGUGGAGGUGUUUGCUCUUUCUCAGGGCAUUGGCACAUAUUUUUCAGGGGUUUAAACCAGAGAAGUGAGGCCAAUUGAGGCAGUGUUUUUAAAAUGUUGUAUAUGAAUUGUUUGUCAUCAGUUUUUUUUUUUUUUUUUUUUUUUAUAAGAUGUCUUAAUUGGUAUAUUAACCAAUUUUAGCUAUAUUUUUUGUGUAACUUUUUCCACUUAUUUGUCUAUACCGUUUCCAUUUUCAUCCACGGUUUGUUGGAUACUGAGGGGCAAACCUGACAUCUUAGUUUUAGGAUUAAAAAAGAGAAAAUAUUUAUUUUGCAAUAAAAAGAGCUAAAAUAUGAUUUGAAACUUUAAACCAUUUUUUUCUAUUUAAGUAAGCACUUUUUCUUACUUCCACAGAUAAAAGUGCAAGAUUUAAAUAGUUAACCGUAGCCACUCUCUCGAAAAAGCUCAAGUGGGCAAAAACAAGAUGCUUUGAAUACUUAAAUUCUUAUCCCUCAAAAGAGUUUUUGUAUAAAACAAAUGUAUUUUAAAUACUUCUCUUGCAUUUAUGGGAUCACUGUGUUUUUAUAAAAAAAAUGUUAAUUGUGAUUAAUGUGAAAUUUCAUAUGGACAUUCUUCUUAGUGUCAUUGUUUUACACUUCCGGUUGAUUCCAGAAGUUUUGAUAAAGCAAAGUGAAUGAUAUAAGUAAAGAGGGGAUUUUUUUAAUGUAAAAAAUUCUGUUACUCAAAAAUUGCGGUUACAUUUCCUAUAACUCAUUGGACAUUUAAGAGGCUUUGGUUGCAUUCGUUGCUUUUCACUGAUGAAACCGCUGCUGACAGUGUUGUGUGGGAGAGACAGAUGUGUUUUAUGAAGACACUUUAUCUUCUAUCCAUAUGGAAUUUCAGACACCUAAUCCACUGUAGUGCUACUGAUGAAUUCAGUACAAUCCUGUGGGCUUGUAGUCUUUUUUUAACCAGUUGUGCUGUACCAUGUCUCAGAGGCACUGAAUAAAUGAUUCUGUUUUUGUUUGCCACAGUUACUUUGGCACUAGUUCUUUUGUAUCAAAAUCUAUUUUCUUAAAACCUGAUCUGUCUACACAUAUCUUAGACUGUGUUCUCUAUUCAUGCACAAUAUUAACAUAUCAGAAAUUCAUUCACAAGCCAUUUCAUAUCAUGAAUGUGUUUACUGUUCACUGACUGAUUACUAAAAAAAUAAAGGUACAUUUUUCCUCUCCCAA